CUACAUUCAGCUCCUUGGUCUGGUAGAAGUGAGGAGAAGCCUUCGGUCCAGCCUAGACAACAUGGCCUUUAGCAACAGCUCCAGCUCACAGUCCAGAUUUCUCCUCCUAGCUGCCCUCGCCUUCUGCGUGGCUUUGGUACGGACAGAAACCGUCGGCGAGGUUUCUCCCACGCUACACAGCGACAACCAGGACACACUCUCUGGAGCAGGAGCACCAAAUGAUAUCACAACGAAAGACCCCUAUCAGGAUGUGACACAAAGCACCAUCACUGAAUAUGAGGACAGCACAGACACAGCGAUUGUAGAUGAAGAAGGUGUCCUGGGACCAGGUGCCAUCACAGCCAUAGUCAUCGCAGUGUUCCUUGGCGCCUCUGUUCUCCUCGCCCUCAUCGUCAUCACACUCAGAAAAUUCACCGCCUCCUAGACGUCUGGGACGACUUCCUGUUUUCCUCACUCUCCCAAUCUCCCAGUCUUUUUGUCUUUUAUGUUAUGUCUUGUCCUGCUUUCCUUUCUGUUUUGUUUCUAGUAUAUUAUAAAGCCAUAUUUUAAAUCUGUCUCUUCUUAUAAACAUGUUGUGGGCCCUUAGCAUCAUUUCCCAAAUAUGCAAACAUACUUUAUGUAAUAAUUCUUUCUAAAUUUCAGUAUGAAUUGUGUGGAACAUACAAAAUGAACCUCAUGCAUUAAGGGACAGUUUCCCAUAAAGGGAUUAAGCCUAGUCUAUGACUACAAAGCUUUUUAAAUGGAUAUUUUCCAACAAUUUAGUCUAGGACUUCCUCUGUAAUUAGUCAGUUCAGCUACUUCAUAGUGCACCUCUUGCUGACAGAGGCAUUCAGUUGUGCACACACAACUUAGCAGUAUAAUCCCCAUUGAAUGGGAUGCACAUGACCCUAAGGUCACCAUGCUCACUAACUGACCACACUAAUGCUCUCAUGGCUGAAUGUUGUCAAAUUCUCACAGAAAUGUCCCAAAAUCUAGUGGAAAUAAAACCCAAGAGUAGAGAUUCUCUCUUACUGCAUCAAAGCACACUUAUAUUAGUCCUAAGCAGUAAAACCCAUAUGCAGCCCAUGUUUAACCCCUCCUUAUCCUAUCAUUGACCCUAUUGGGGCCCAUCACAGUUACCCAUUUGUGGGGCCAUUGAGGACAAAACGUUCUGGUUCCCACUUGGAGUACCCAAACAUGUUCCAUAAAGGUGUGUUCUCUAAAUGGCCUUGGAUCUGAUGUGGGUGGGGAACCCUGGUGCUAAAUAGGUCAUGAAACACUGUCAAUGGCCCAUGGCUGUAUUUGGUGUGGGUGGGUUUAUUCAGCUUGUGAUUACAUCAUACAGCUUCUUGCUGUAAUGAGAGGUGGGUCUAAAAGGUGUAAUGCGUAUGGUCAUUCUUUCAGAGUGUACUUAUAGUUUUUUAUAGAGCAUAUUUAAUUCUUACUUUCAUUUUUACACCAUACAUCAUGUUUUAUUCUAAACAUUUCUUUUUGUUUGUGUAUGUUACCUGAAUUCUUCUAGUUGUGACUUUUUCAUAUUACUACCUGUUCUGUACUAUUUAGAUUAAUAGAAAUAUUGUAAUUUUUCUCUUUUUUAAGCUGUAUGUUAUGUCUUUUCUCUUCGCAAAUGUCAUUGUAAAAUAAGACUAGAUCACGCUGAGCUGUGAAAGGUUUUAAUUAUUACAUUUAAAGUUUAGUUCUGUUAAAGAGUUCCAGUGUCCGGGUGUGUAAAUAGUGCUUUGAAUCUUCUAAAUCCAAAUUUAACCUUGACGUAAAAUCAUGCAACACCUGACAUCGGAGGAUGAAUUUUGAAAAAUGAUUUUCAAAAUGUAUUAAUAUUAAUCUUUUUUUUUUGUUCUUUUUGCUAUUUUUUGUGAUUAGAGUUACAUUAGGUUUAGUUAGAGUAAUAGUAGUCUUGUUGAUUAUGUUACUGUAGAUUGUUACUGUAAUAAGAUAUAGAACUGUAGAUUUGUGUAUGUUUGUGUUUUAGGGUCAGUUUCCCAGACAGGAUUUAAGUUAGUUGUAGACUAUAUAUUCCUUUUAAUAUUUACUCGCCAUUUAAAAUGCUGUGUAGUCCAAGACUAAACUUACUUCCUUUUUGGGAAACUGCUCUUUAAUAUUUAAGAAUCAAAAAUCUAGAGACUUUAUUCUGAUUUGUUGUAUGAACACACCAUGUUUAAUCUGGGUCUGUAUUUUUUAGAAGUUGCCAAGAUCUGCUUCAAUUUAAUUACAAUAAAUAAAAAACUCCUACUUCCACA